CAGCACCACAGAGCCGUGUGGGAGAAAAGGGGAUAUUAUACUCAAGUGACACAAUCAAGCCUUGAAGUAAAGAGAUUUGAAACGGCUUCCAUUCACCAAAUGGAAGUUAUCUAGAGACCACCCAAGACCACUGCAUCUCUCCAUCCCACUCUUGCUACGCCAAGACAGUGCAUUUGGCCCUGGACGUUAAUAAAAUGCUGGAUUCAAUCAAGUGUGUCUUGGUAGGAGACUCUGCGGUGGGGAAAACAUCUCUUUUGGUACGUUUCACCUCCGAGACUUUUCCAGAUGACUACAGGCCCACCGUAUAUGAAAAUACCGGAGUGGAUGUCUUCAUGGAUGGUGUACAGAUUAGCCUAGGUCUUUGGGACACGUCUGGCAGCGAUGCCUUCAAAAACAUUCGCCCCCUCUCCUACCAACAGGCAGAUGUGGUAUUAAUGUGCUACUCAGUGGCAAACCACAAUUCUUUUCUGAACCUGAGGAACAAAUGGAUCAGUGAAGUCCGCAGCCAUUUGCCCCGCACCCCCGUUUUGGUAGUGGCUACUCAGACUGACCAGCGUGACAUGGGGCCCUACCAUUCCGCCUGCAUCAGCCCGAUAGACGGGAAGCGGCUCGCCCAGGAUGUGCGAGCCAAAGGCUAUUUGGAGUGCUCUGCCCUCAGCAACCGAGGAGUGCAGCAGGUGUUUGAGUACGCCGUGCGGACAGCAGUCAAUCAAGCCAAAAGGCAGAACAGGAGGAAGCUCUUCUCCAUUAAUGAGUGCAAGAUCUUUUGAGGACUGUCGGCGGUGGUUUUGCCUGCGUUCGUUCUUUCUGUUUUCACACAAAGAUACUGUGGCAGAGAGAAUGGGAGGUAAAUCAAAGGAGGACUCCUGGCAGGACCACAGUGCAGGUGUCCCUAGUGAGACAGAUGUACUCUCUAUCUCCCUCAGUAUGCAUGGGCACUAUCUUGAAAAAUGAAAGGUGCACACACACGUCCUUAUUCACAAGUCUGACUUUGGACUUCGCUAGCCUGGACUGGAGCGGGCCUAGCCUGGAGAUCUGCAGAUAAUAGCUGUGCUGAUUUUGUUGUUGUUGUUGAUGUUCCUCAGUUGCUGGUUUGUCUGCAUUUAUUUAAUGACAAACUUCUGCCUAGGUCAACCCCCACCUCUUGACACGUCUGUCCAUGUGGAGUUUUUUUUACUUUAAGAACUUCAUGUAUAAAAUCUGACUGCUGUAUAUUCUAUUUAAAAGACUCUUGUAUAUGUUAUUGUAAAAUCCUGACAGUUUGUUUUCAUAUUUUUGAAGUUCUUCCUCUAGCUAACCACAGAAGCAAAUCAUCCUAUCCAUAGAAUAAAUGGCCUGCAGCAAGCCUAGCACUUCUUAGGCAUGCCUGAGUCAGUGCAUAACAGUAAUCAAAUCCAGUACGUCAAACAUAGGAGUGAUGAAAACUUAGUGACAUUUGACAGCCGUCCUGUGGCUUUGUGAGAUUUGUUAUCUUAGUCUUGUUCCUCAGCAAUAUGGUCAAAGAUGGGAUGAACCAGGAGGAAACUAACCUGAUUCUUCCUAGACCUCACCUCGUUACAAGCCCAGAGGGCUGUUUUGCAGUCACGGCUGGUUUAGACAUAUGGUUGUGGUGGCAGAGACAAGUCUGUGCUAUCAUCACCUCUGUUGUCCCUGCCAUAAUUCUGGAGGCAAAAGAUUUCAGUCUCCAGGGAUGAAAGGUAUUUUUUCAUAAGCACUAAAAUUCUGAAAGUAUUUUUAGUACAAUUCUUUUCUAAACAGUGGUUUUAGUGAAACCGGUCACCUACUAGAGUAAAAAAUUAAGUACACAGCAAUGUUGAAUGUGUGUGUUUGGAAUGGCUAAAUAACAUUUUUUCUUUAAGUUUUCAUACUAAGUAUAACUGCCUGGGUUGUAUCAAAAUAAGACUGAAACAAGCUUUGCAUCCUGGGGAGCCUGGCAAGUCUAAGAGUCAAAUCCUGACGUACCUACUGGGGCCAAGUUACCCUCCUGUACAGAAAGCCAGGCUAAGGAAGUGGAAACUCCAGAUGUGUAAGAAAACUCUGCUGGAAGACAGCAUGGGAUCAACACACACUGCUGUACUUUCCUCCUGAGUUGUGGUUGCCCUCCUCCUUAGGUUAUCUGUCCCAUCUGCCCUGCAUCGUCUCAGAUCUUGCAGAGCCGUCUCAUCCCAAGGUUUCUGCUGCCCAUAGAGGAAAUCUUCUGGGGGGUUUCUUAGUGCAGCAGGAUUUUUCUUGUCUCUUUCCCUGUCCUUCAGCUAGCCCAGAACUGACCUUUGAGGGGCUUAUAGCAUGGUGCCAUAAAAGAUGGCACACAGCACAGUAAGACUAUUCUCUCUCCACAUAGAUCCUGACAGAAUGACCUGUGUCUGUUUUUACCAAGCCCCUACUUAUGUGUUUCAACAGGAUUGGAUGCAGUGGCUUGUCUGAUUCAAAUCCAAGGUAGGACUUCAGGUGUUACCCUACUAAGCAAAUAAGCUAUAGCUCAGAUCUUAUCUAUCUAUAGUUUGUCCUUGAAAAACUAGUUGGGUACUCUUCUCCAUGCUCUGUUCUACCGCUGAGCUUUUCUAUAAAGAGAAAUUCCAAAUUAAAACAUUCCCCUCCUAUGAAUCCCAGAGAUGAUCUCACGUGUGGUGUAGGUGAGCAAGUAUUUGCGUUGUGAGCACACUGAAUGGCAGCGGUGCACAGGAGCACGUUGUUGGGACUGUCCUGCCAGCUCCCAGGCUGUUGAGUAUUUGCAGCUCAUCAACCUGAUUGUAAGGGAGGCUUCUAGUCAUAAAAACACACUGGUCUUAUGUGAGGUUUUCAUAAAUGCUUCAUAAAAUCUUUAAAUCUUUACAAGCUUCUGCACACGAGCAUACAACCACUAUUCUCUUCCCUGCUUCUCUUUCUCUUCAGGUGUUGACUGCAAAUCCACUGUGCCUUGAAACACUAAAACUGACAUGUUUGCAAAAGAACCUGAACGGCAGGAUACUUACGCAGAGUUACACAAGUGCCUAGGCAGUAUUUGGUUAAAAACCUUUUGGCUUUUGGAAGAAAUAGGUGUCUACAUCUCAACUCUUGC